CAGUUUCGUGAGACGCUCAGCGAAAUCGACGGAGCGGGAGUGUUAGUGCCUAAAUUUCCGUGUGAAAAGGAGCUUAUUCACUCCGUCGGUGGUUUCAAACCGUGCAAUUUUGGCCAAAGUAGUGAAAUUAUCUUGCAAAUCUGUUCGCACACUUCGAAUCCAGCUUUUUCCAACGAUUUUUCCCUUCGGGAUAUUUCGACCCUUUUGCGCGGUGACUUCGUUGUGUGCGUUGUAAACAAAUCCACCAACACCAACGUCGUCGAGCAAACCCCCCACGGCAACUGUCAAAACGGAGUCACCCUGUGCUGCUGCUGCUGCUCAAACGCCUUCAAACGUGUCAGACGUCGCGAGCGAAUUUUCCCAUUUACAAAAAAAGUGUUGUUCAAAAACAAGUAGCUUUUUGGAAGUUGUAAAAAGUAGUAAUUUUCGACACUGUGUUUUUGGGGUGCGUCGUGGAGUGAAACUUCGUUUGCCGCGCGAGUGUCUGCCGGAAGUGGUCCGUUCCGGGAGGGUACUUUUCGGCCCCGCAGAGGAUGCAAUCGCCAUUUUUGGACGUGUUCACGCAAUCUUGUUUGGGAAAAUUCAGUGCAUAAAGUGGCCUGGCUGGCGGAAACCCCUUUUUGCGGGCGCUGUGACUUUGAUGGUGCAGAGUGUUAAGUUUUCGGUGGACAUUUGAGACAUUUUGGUAUUUCGCAAUGAAUUGAACUAGUGUCGUUGCGGCUAUCAGGAAUAAGUUUGAAGUGAGUGUUUGCAGGUUAACGGAAAAGGAAGAAGUAGAAAAAAAAAAUUACAUUGCCCAAUCAUGGGAGUGCUUUAGGAAAUAACCAAAAUCAAAUCGUAGGCGCAAGUUUCGCUUCAGAAGGAAGAAGUAAUUUGUGCGCGAGUGUUUGUGUGUGAAGCAAAGUGCAAACCAGGUACCAGCCCAACCAUGAGUCGCAAUCGGGCUAAAACGGGCGCGACAUCGUCCAAGAAGCAACACGAAAGUGGCUUUUACGAGCAGCAACAGUCCUCGUCAAACUCGCUGAUGCGGGAACUGAAAAUCUCCGGUUCCGGCAAGGCGUCCACCUCGGCCGCGGCCGGUCGGCAUCAGCAUCAACAGCACCGUGUGGCCUCCAAGACUACGGACUACGCGGCGUACUACGAGAAUUUGAAGUUUUACCAGCAGCAGGCGGAUCAGCAGCCGAAGCGCAAGGGCGCGUGCGACAUCGAACCGCCCGAUCUGAUCAAUCAGAUUGUGGCCGAUCAGCUGCAGGCGGCCGCCGCCCGGAAGAAGCAACAGCAGGAACAGCAGCAUGCGGUUGUGACCAGCUCGAGCAGCCACAACAGCAAGUACCACCAGGUACGCGAGGCGGCCGUCAUCAUCGACUCGGAAGAGUCGGAUGCCGGAGCGGCCAGCGGCAACGACAGCGCCAGUGAUGGGGAGUCACAUCCGGCUGCGGCGCGGUUGCAUCACCACCACCAUCAGCAGCAGAAACAGAAACACGGAAACGGUGGACGCCAGGUCGUGGAGGAAGAGGACGAUGAGGAUGAAGAGGAAGAGGAGGAAGACGAGGAAGAGGGGGGAGUGGAACCGGCGGUGGCGCCGCCCAAGGAAGAUUCGCUCAAGAAGCGAAACGAAAAGAGCACCAGCAGCGUCAUCUACAACGGGACCAUCGUCGACAAGGAUGGGCUGGAGAUGAUCAAGAUCUCCACCAUCAACACCAAAGUAAAACUAUGCGAAGACGACAAAGUGAGCAUAGACGACUUCAAACUACUCAAAGUGCUGGGCACCGGUGCAUACGGCAAGGUCUUCCUGGUGCGCAAGAUCGGCGGCGUCGACGACAACAAGCUGUACGCGAUGAAGGUGCUGAAAAAGUCCACCAUUUGCCAGAAGAAGAAAACGGCCGAGCACACCAAAACCGAGCGGCAGGUCCUCGAGUCGAUCGAGCGCUCGCCGUUCCUGGUGACGAUGCACUACGCCUUCCAGACGGACUCCAAGCUGCACAUCAUCCUGGACUACGUGAGCGGGGGCGAACUGUUUACGCAUCUGUACAACAAGGAGCACUUUACCGAGGACGAGGUCCGGAUCUACAUCGCCGAGAUCAUUGUAGCGCUCGAGCAGCUGCACAAGUUGGGCAUCAUCUACCGGGACAUCAAGCUGGAGAACAUCCUGAUCGACGCGAACGGCCACAUCGUGCUGACCGACUUUGGGCUGUCCCGCGAGUUGGUGUUUGAGAACGAACGGGCGCACAGCUUUUGCGGCACGAUCGAGUACAUGGCGCCGGAGAUUGUCAAGUCGAACCAAAACGGACACGACGCGUCCGUCGACUGGUGGUCCGUGGGAGUGCUCACGUUCGAACUGCUCACCGGCAGUUCUCCGUUCAGCUCGGAGGAACCGGCCACGCAGACGGAGAUUUCCAAAAAGAUCACCAACACCGAGGCGGUCAUUCCGGAGCAUCUUUCCCGCGAGGCGAAAGACUUCAUCCGGAAGCUGCUGGUCAAGGACCCCCGGCGGAGACUGGGUGGUGGCACCGCGGACGCGUCCGAGCUCAAGUCCCACUCGUUCUUCAAGAGCAUCAACUGGCGCCAGCUCGCGGAGAAGAAGAUUGCCGCCCCGUUCAAACCGGUCAUCGAGGACGAGCUGGACACGAACAACUUUAGUGACGAAUUUACCCGCCAAACGCCCGUCGACUCACCCGCGUCCGCGCCACCCAACUCGGAGCGACUGUUUCGAGGAUAUUCAUACGUUUCAUCCAGCUUACUAUCGAGUAAAGUCGUCGAUAGAAACAAAUACAUGAGGCACAAGAAUACUCGGCCCCAGGAGGCGUCCAUCCGGCGGCACACCAGCAAGAGCUCUCCGUUCUUCAAAAAGUACGAACUAACGUCGGACCGUGCCAUCGGCGAUGGACUGUACUCGACGUGUCUCAAGUGCCGCCGGUUGUCCUCGUCGUCGUCAUCCUCUUCCAGCAGUUCAAAUGGCCACCACAGCAGCAGCAGUAGUAGUAGCAGUUACUACGCAGUCAAGAUCGUGUUCAACCACGCCGAAACGGCAACGCUGAUGCGGCAAGAGGUGGAAGCGCUGAAGGCGUGCCAGGGCCAGGCGAACGUGGUCAAGUUUGUGGAGGUUCUGAAGGAUUCGCACCACAUCUAUCUGGUGCUGGAACUGCUGAACGGGGGCGAGCUGCUCCGGCGGAUAAACCAAACGCGGAGCUUUACCGAAAGUCAGGCGCGGCAUUACUUCCGACAGAUGGCGGAAGCGGUCUCGUGGAUGCACCAGCGUGGUUACGCCCACUGUGAUCUCAAGCCGGAGAAUAUGCUGUUUGAUGGUCCGAGCUCGGAGCAUUUGAAGGUGAUUGACUUUGGCUUUGCGAAGAGCAUAGAGAACAACAACUGCCUGCCGCCGGCUGGAACUAUUGGGUACGCAGCGCCGGAAGUGUUCGAGGGCCGAUCGUACGCGCUGGAAUCCAGCGACCUGUGGUCACUCGGAGUGGUGCUGUACACGAUGCUGUGCGGACAGGCGCCGUUCACGCCGCGGCAAUUCUUCGGUCACUCGAAUCUGGCGUCGUCCGCGAAGCAGAUGGAAAUCAUCAUGAGCAAGAUCCAGCGAGGUUCGUUCGACCUGGAAUCGUCGACGUGGGUGUGCGUCAGUGAAGAGGCCAAAGACUUGGUGCGGCGUCUGCUGUCGGUGGACCCGGACCGGCGGAUAACGAUGGAGCAGCUGCUCGUGCACGACUGGCUAGAUCUGAGUCGAACGGCCGGAGUGAGACGACAGUUGAAGCUGGUUUACGCCCAGCAAACGCUGCGCCAGCUCGAAGCCAACGUCCAGAACACGUACGAGGCAUUUAAGCGAUCCGAGGACGAUGGUUUCCGACUGCGAGAAGUCCGACGACCCAGCACGGCCAGCCAACGGCGCACAAACGGCACCGCCAAGUCGAAAAAGUCCACCGAAAGUCAGUACAGCAGCUCGAUGGAGGAGAGCACCUCGAGCGGAAUCGGCCGCAGCAAGUCUAGCAAGAGCAGCUCCAUCUCGGCGGAUGGCGCCCAGCAGCGAACCAUCAGCGUGUCGACCAACAACUCCGAGGAGGUGGUGGUGAUUGACGAAGAAGGUGACGACAGUGACCCCUGUGUUGAGGACAAACCUGCUACUGCUAGCACUGCCGAAAGCAACAACAACGACGUCAAACGGCAGGAGGCGGAAGCAGUGGAGGAAGAGGAGGAGGAGGAGGAAGAGGAAGACGAAGUGGACGAAUUUCUGGUGGACCAAAUCCUGAAUGACGUUGAGGAUGUCGUCGAGGAACAGCAGCAGCAGCAGCAAGAACAGGAACAGGAAGCUCAGGUCAAGCCAAUUGACGACGAAGACGACGCCGAGCGGAGACGAAGCGCGUCGUGCGGUAGCGAAACGAGCAGCAGUACGGUUCCGUUAGCGGCAGUGGAACCGGAAGUGGAGCCAGAAGUCGAAGAAGAAGAGGAAGAGGGCGAAGACGAGCCAGAACCAGUGGAACGGCAGCAGCAGCAGCCAAACGACUCGAUCGACCUGGACGACAGCUUCGAGCACAACAUUUCGUCCUGUUCGGACGAAUCGCUUGUGGCCGGACUGCGCGCCUCCAUCGACGCCGAGCUGACCGAGAUCGGUUUCGAGGACUUUUUCAUCUUCCGCGGGUUCGACGAGACGGAGCUGGAACCGAUCCCGGCGCUGCCAACCCUCGCGACCGCCACCAAGACCACCCUCAACUUUACCAUCAGCAAGCUGCGGAAACGAAAGGUGGACGCCGCCCUGGUGCUGGAGGUGCCGCUGCGGAAGCCCAAACGGAUGCGACCGGCGGUCAACUACGUGUACUAGAGUUUUUGGUUCUCGUACUUUUUCCCCUUCUUUUUUCUACUCUUACUAUUAUCACGCUUGGAUAUUUAUGCGCAACACAAACUCACAUUUAUUUGCUACGAUCUUUACUUGUAACAUCUUUUUCCCAACCCUUUAAUUUUAAAACCAUCUCGGUACUCUCGACACAUCUCUUGCAGCAAAGAGAGAGGGAGAGAGGGAGACGACUCUGGUAAUAAGGUAAAAAACAAACAAACAAAACCGUUAAGUGCACUUAUUAGACUUGUUAUUAUAUACAUAGUAGAACAACAACAGAGAGGACAGAGGCAGUGAGAGAGAGACACAAACCGGAAAAUGCACCAAUUGAACUAUAUUGAUUACUACACUGGACAGUUAAACACACACACACACAACAGUAACAACAAAAUAAACGUUAAACAACAAAAACAAA